AGGAGCAGGAGCUGGAGCAUGGUAAACAGAGUGAGGAGGAGGGUAAAGUUAAACUGAUGGAGAACACAUCUGUGCACUGACUCAUGAACUACUGGUGUGUUUUGGAGAAAUCACAUAAGUUGAUGUUCAUCUGCACACUUUCCUGGAUUUUAUGCGUUUGGUUUAUCUGUGAAGACAUGGAGUGAAGUGUUUGCGCACCGGUCAGGAAGGAUGUCCGAGCGAAGAUGUGCUCCAGCCGGAAGAUCAUCUCGAGUUUGUUGGUUCUGUCGGUGCUGGAGAUAGGGCUCGGGGUGUCCAGCAUCGCCCUGGGCACGGUGGGCAUCUUCCGGGUGAAGGCGAAGCACAAGACCCAGCAGGGCGACGCUUCUCCUUUAUGGAGCGGAGUUUGCUUUCUUGUCUGUGGACUGUGUGGCAUGCUGUGUGCACGGAAAAGGACAGGACUGAUUAUGAUAUUAUUUUCCUCCUGCUGCAUUUGUGGGUUAAUCGGUGGAAUCCUGAACUUCCAGUUUGUCCGUGCACUGGUCAAGCGUUCAGAUGGCAUGCACUCUCUUCAUUUGGCCAUCAUGUCUCUAGCAUGUCUGGGCGUCAGCAGCUGCACGCUUUCCACAUGGCUGACCUGCAGACUGGCCAGCAGCGAACAGCAGCGCAUGUUUCUGGAGAGAGAACAUUCACUGCAUCACUCGCAAGAAAUGGCAGAGAAGGAGGUUUUGGAUAGCACCAGCAAUGGCAUUUCUCAAGUCUCCUACAACGGACGGAGCGCUUCGCCAUGACAGCUCGCUUCCCACUCACUCUUAACAGCACAGUUCUUCCACCUGAUUGGCUGAGUCAGGCUGACAGUUCUACACUCUGAUUGGCUGAGUCAGGCUGACAGUUCUACACUCUGAUUGGUUGAGUCGGGCUGACAGUAGAAGCACAGACGGCGUUCACAGGACAUAAUGUAGACAGAGCGUCAGAUAACAGUAUUGAGCAGACAGACAGCCAAUCAGUGUCCAGUUACCUGAUGACCUCAGGAGAGGUCAGAGCUGAUGACCUUGAUGACCAGCGUAAAGAAAACAGAUAUAUGAGUACAAAAAAGCAUGCAAACAAUCUUCUCUCUCUUUCUGUAUCUCUUUCUCUCUCCCUGUAUCUAGAUAAAGGGAAUGUUGAAUCUGAAAUUGUAAUCCUGAUAUUGUAUGGUAUACUGAAUGCUUUUUUUCCUGAUCGUAUAAAUGCACACUGCAAGAUGCCUGUAAAGAUAUUUAUUAAUUGACAGUAUUUUUAUAUAGAGGCUUCAUAUUAAAAUGAA